CUCAGCCCGAAAUCUCAGCCCGACCUGAAAUGAUAUUAUUCUAAUUACAAAAUCAUCAACAGCCGACGGCCAAGACCAUCACCAAAUCACCCCAUCCGAGUAACGGCUUCAAAUACAUACCAGGAACACAGCACACAACAGACGCGAUGGCAGCAGCGUAUCAACUACCCCCAGUCCCCCAGCCGCUGGUUGUAUUUGGUCAUAUGAUCGCGAACCAGACUGUCACGCUAGUGCUCAAAGAAAAGUCAUUCGACGACUUCACCAUCAAGGGCCUCGACGGGAUGCGAUGGAUGCACAUUGAGGGCAAGAUCGCGUCGAUACACGGCCGCAAGAAGGUCUUCGACCCAUCAGGGGCCCACCUCUUCGAUAUUGUCAAGGAACUGCUGCACUGGCACGCCACCUACAACUGCGAGGCCGAGGGCGGCAGCAGACAAUACAUGCAAGUGAAGAGCAAAUUCUCAUUCUUCAGCUCCCGAGCCAACGCGACCUUCACCACAUCGCAGGGGAUGCCGGCCAAGCUGGCCAUGACGGGCAACUGGAUGGACACGACGGCCGACAUCGUCGACACGGCGAGCGGGGCGGUGGCGGCGCGCAUCGACCGCAAGCUGUUCAACGCGCGCGAGCUCUUCCUGGGCCACCAGACCUACCACGUCACCAUCGCGCCGGGCGUCGACGUCGCGCUCAUCAUCGCUAUGUGCGUGUGCCUUGACGCGACGCAGAACGAGGGGCAGGGGGCGGCAUGCACCAUCUUGUAGGGGU